GCUGAAACAUGGCGGCCGUAGCCGGUCAGACUGCCAGGAACCCACCGUCCGGAACCAGGAACCCAACGUCCAGAACCAGGAACCCAACAUCCAGAACCAGGAACCCAAAGUCCGGAACCAGGAACCCAACGUCCGGAACCAGGAACCGUCCAAAACCAGGAACCCAACGUCCGGAACAAGGAACCCAACGUCCGGAACCAGGAACCCAACGUCCGGAACCAGGAACCCAAAGUCCGGAACCAGGAACCCAAUGUCCGGAACCAGGAACCCAACGUCCGGAACCAGGAACCCAAAGUCCGGAACCAGGAACCCAAUGUCCGGAACCAGGAACCCAACGUCCGGAACCAGGAACCCAAUGUCCGGAACCAGGAACCCAACGUCCGGAACCAGGAACCCAACGUCCAGAACCAGGAACCCAACGUCCAGAACCAGGAAGCGGUCGCCUGAUCUGCAGCUCCUCAAACACUUUUUCUGGCUCCGUUUGUUUGAACAUUUCUUCUGUUAAUCAUGAUGAUUGAAGGAAAACUUUUCAAAUGUCACAUCAGACCAAUAAAAACAAACGAAGGCCUCUGUAAGAGUCCGGCCUGUU